UUUCCUCCACAGGCCGUGCAGAAGAAGACUCCACUGUUUGACUUCCACAGAGAACAUGGAGGGAAGAUGGUGGAGUUUGCAGGCUGGAGUAUGCCAGUCCAGUACAAAGACAGUCACAUCGCCUCACACAUGCACACCAGAGAGCACUGCUCGAUCUUUGAUGUCAGUCACAUGCUGCAGACCAAAGUCCAUGGCAAAGACAGAGUGAAGUUCAUGGAAUCUCUGGUGGUUGCAGAUAUUGCAGAACUCAAGGACAACCAGGGCACUCUGUCCCUCUUCACCAAUGAGAAAGGAGGGAUUAUUGACGACCUCAUAGUAACAAGGACAGACCAGGGCUACCUCUAUGUUGUGUCCAACGCUGGCUGUGCCGACAAGGACUCGGCUCAUAUGAAGAGUAGAUUGGCAGAGUUCAAAGCUGCAGGGUUUGAUGUGGAUCUGGAGUUCCUUGAUGAAUCACUGAUUGCUCUGCAAGGCCCGUCGAUGUCAGACGUGCUGCAGCAGGGACUGACGGACGACCUCAGUAAGCUGACCUUCAUGACCUCCGCCCUGGCCACUGUGUUUGGUGUUCCUGGCUGCAGAGUCACUCGCUGUGGAUACACGGGAGAGGACGGGGUGGAGAUCUCCGUCCCUCACUCCAGAGUGGUGGAGCUGACGGAGAAGCUGCUCGCUCACAGUGAGGUGAAGCUCGCCGGCCUCGGAGCCAGGGACAGUUUGAGGCUGGAAGCCGGGCUUUGUCUCUAUGGCAACGACAUAGACGAGACCACCACACCUGUGGAGGCCACGCUGGUCUGGACCAUAGGUAAGCGUCGUCGUCAGAUGAAGGAUUUCCCCGGCGCUAACAUCAUUGUACCGCAGAUAAAAGCCAAAACGGCCAGGAAGAGAGUCGGUCUGGUGUCCAGUGGCCCCCCCGUCAGACAACACACCCCCAUUCUCAGCCCUGAGGGGAAGGUUAUAGGUGAGGUGACCAGUGGCUGCCCUUCUCCCUGCCUGAAAAAGAACGUUGCUAUGGGUUACGUGGAGUCAGCGUUUGCUAAGAAUGGAACAAACAUCCAGGUUGAGGUCAGGAAGAAAGCCGUGCCAGCCACUGUCAGCAAGAUGCCCUUUUUCCCCACCAACUACUACUCUGGAUAAGAGUCACUCUCUCACACACACACACACACACACACACACACACAGGAGUUCCCUUCUAUGUAGUGCCUUAUAUAGAAAUGCUGCCACCUUCUGUUCUAUUACCAGAAAUGCAGCACCAGUAGAAGACUGAAAAUCUUAAAUUGUCUGAUAACAUUUCACGGGCAGAAGGCAAAACUUUAUUUUUAGCCACUUCACCAAAGGCUCAGCAAAUAAAAUCUAUGCCAGCUUCAGUCUACGGUAUCUCAUUAAUAUAGAUGACACUUUUUUCACACCUUUAAAUCGUUUUUUUUCCAGCUGGAAACUGAAGUGAGUCGAGCGUUUUCUCUCCUCACCAAAGUCCAUAGAGAAAACUAAUGAUUUUACAUCAGGGAACACAGGAGUUGUUAAUCCACUGCUGCCUUCAUCCGUUUGCUCAAAUGUGUCAUUUAAUGACUUCAGUGUUUGAAAUCCUUUGUUUGGAUUUACCUCAGUGACACAAAUAUACCAGACGAGGCAGCAGUGGAACAGCAGCGAGCUAAAAAUGCUGUUUUUCUCUUUGGACUUUGGUGCGGGAAAGUGAGCGGUUUCUGGUUUAAGAGUCUUAAUCGUAUCAUAAACUUAAACACAGCUAGACACAUUUUUGUGUUUUUGGCUUUUAAUUUCUAGAAUAUUUUAUCCUUUUUUUCCAUGCAUAUUGUUAAAAAUGUAUGCCAUUUUAUUUUCAGU